AAAUUGUCAUGCAGUAUUCUCUCUGCUAAAAUUAUAUGCAUAUUAUGUACGAUGAGCACUCACUGUAAAACACAGGAACAUGAAACCUUUCAGGAAGGCUUUCAAGAGGAAUAGCCGGUAGACUGGUCUAAAGUCAACAAGCGCUUUUGGGACAAAAAGAACAGGGCCUGGAGGACCUGUGGCAGGGAGCAACUGUUUUUAAAUACCUAUAUUAAAUCUCCGCAGUGCUUCUCUGCUGGUUGCUGCAAGGUAAGAAAUUACCAGACAUGUCUAUAGCACUCAAGCAAGUCUUUAAUAAGGAUAAGACCUUCCGUCCAAAGCGCAAGUUUGAACCUGGGACCCAGAGAUUUGAGCUUCAUAAACGAGCGCAGGCCUCUCUGAACUCAGGUGUGGACUUGAAAGCAGCGGUGCAGUUGCCAAGUGGAGAAGAUCAAAAUGACUGGGUGGCCGUCCAUGUUGUUGACUUCUUCAACAGGAUCAACCUCAUUUAUGGAACUGUCUGUGAGUUCUGCACAGAGAGGACCUGCCCAGUGAUGUCUGGAGGCCCUAAGUAUGAGUACCGGUGGCAGGAUGACAUGAAGUACAAGAAGCCCACAGCAUUGCCAGCACCUCAGUAUAUGAACCUUCUCAUGGACUGGAUCGAGGUGCAAAUCAACAAUGAGGAUAUAUUUCCUACAAGCGUAGGUGUUCCCUUUCCAAAGAAUUUCCUUCAGAUCUGCAAGAAGAUACUCUGCCGGCUUUUUCGGGUGUUUGUUCAUGUCUACAUUCAUCACUUUGACCGCAUCAUCCUUAUGGGGGCUGAGGCCCAUGUCAAUACCUGUUACAAGCACUUUUAUUACUUUGUGACGGAGCUCAACCUCAUAGACCGCAAAGAACUAGAGCCUUUGAAAGAGAUGACAACCAGGAUGUGUCACUAAAAAGCUACGCAUUGAAGAGAAGCAAAACUCAAUUUCUUACUUACUGCAGAGCUUAAGGACAUGACAGCCCUUGUGAGCUGAACCUGCUUGUUCAGCCAUAGGAAGGGAAAAGUUGAGAAGGAAGUUGAGAAACAGGAAAGUGGAGAACCACAGUUAUUUUCACAGAUGCCUCCCAGCACUGUCAAUGUUCUUAACCCUGAAUAUGCUGCUAUGUCAUCUGACACGGAUUACUACGAAAAAAAGAGUCGGCUUCAUAUUAGCUCUAGCUCCUCCAUUAGGGAUGAGAACCUCUUUAGCCAUGAAUGAUGACAGACCAUGUUCCUGCUGCUAAGGCUUCACUGAAGUUCAGGUCCCUAAGCUGACCUCCAGAUUUAUCAUUCUGAAAUGAAACUGUAUUAGCUGCAGUGUUAUUUUCUUUUUGUUUUGUUUCUCAGUAAUGUGGAUUGUUUCCAAGUACAAUGGAAUAUUAAGACACUCUGGAAUCACAGAAGACUUUGAGACUUUAAUGUCCCCAACCUCUCACCAGGCCACCCAAUGCCUUGUCAGCAAUCCCAAAUGCCUUGUAUUUAAAGGCACCCGGUUGUGGUUGUGUCGUCCAGCUGAUUAGGCAGUUUGUACUUCAUUGUGACCCAUAAUUAGUUGACAAUGGGACAGAUUCUGGUAUCAAUUACAUUAGUGGGAAUCCAAAUUUAGCUCUGCAAUGCUGAUGGCUUUUCUUUGAAUUCAUACUUAUAUGACUGACAGAAAAUCUACUCAGUAUCUCUACACUACAGAAAAAAAGCAAAAAAUAAAAAACAAAAGCAGCUAUAGUCAACAUUCUCCUGAAAUACCUUAUAAGUGCACUGCUCUGUCAUGUAAUUUGAUAUGCCCUGCCACUCUCAGAAAAGGGAUCCCUCUCAUUCACCUUAAAGUUUUUUUCUUUCCAGGAAAAAGAGGUUUUAAUUUGGUAAUUGGGAGGAAGAUAUGGUGAAGAUAAGCAGUUUAAGGGUUAGGACUGGAAGUCCUGAGUGCUCCUCUCCAUUGCAUCUGAACAGUGUUCAGCAGUAUAGCCUGCUUUUCACACCUGAAUAAUACAUAUUUUUUUCUCCUGUACUCAGUCCAACUUAACUAACACAUCUGUGGGCAGCCUGGAAGGGUCGACUGCAGUAAGUUCAGUCUUCUAUGUUAAAUAUGCCCUGAUAAGAGGCUUUCUUUAAAAAAAAAAAAAAAAAAAGUGCUAGCGUAAUACUUACAGCGAGACGCUCACAAGAGAGAUAUAGUUGAAUAAAUGGGAAUCAAGUGGAACAUACCUGUAUAUUCUUUGCCUUCUAAUGAAUUUUGCACAGUUUUGUUAGUGUGAAAGAUCAUUCUUUCCUUAGGAAGUGCUGAACCCUGCUGCUGUCUUCCCACCCAACUGAAUAACCUAUGUUUACUGUUGGGACUGUAUCAGAAGCAAAUCUAGUAUAAUAUCCAGUGAUUGCAACAUGUGAAAUAGAAGUGCCGCAGUCACUGAACAGUAACAACAAACCUCUCUGAGCUCAUGUUGUGGUAUAUUCUGAUUUGCUUGCCUGCUUGCUUACACAGGGCUUGGUUGCAGAAGUGCAAAUAGUAGAGAUUACAGAGACAAAGGGCUUUUAUCUGUGAACAUUGGAUAUAACUAAGGUGGAGACUUUUCUGCAUCCUUAGAAUUAUGCAAGUAGCCUUAUCCUUUGCUUUCAGGGAAUGAAUUGAGGUGUUCCUACCUCCUUUAAUGCUCUUUGCAAUCAGGUUAACUCUUUGGGGAUUCGAAGGCACAGAGAUGCCUUUUUUUUUGGAGGCUGGCACUUAAGCAGAAUAUAACUAACUUGUGGGAUUCAUUGCAACAGAUACUGCUGAGCUUAGUAGCCUCAUUUUAAAGAAGAAGAGAAAUGUGUACAUCUUUGGAAGAAAGCUAAACAAAUAGAUGUGGAUCCUAACUGCCUGGAAUCAGUUAAUAAGUAACAUCAGUUACUUAUUAAAGGGUUUCUUGUACCAUUCUCUAAAGUGCCUGGGUCUUGGCUUUGUUGGAGAUGGAGCUGUAGCCAAUACAGUGCUCUUGAAUUUUACUGCUGUAAACUCCCAGCUAGCGUUCUCACAGCUGGGCAGCACUGCAGUGCUAUAUUUUAAAAAUUAAUGUAAAGAUGAAGUCUAUGGAAUUUUGUGCAGAAAGAUCAAAGUGGCACUAGAUAAAUGAAAAAAAGUAGUAUUUUAAGUAUAAAAUCAUUUAUUCUCCAUUUUGUUAAGCUACUUCCUAUAUACUGUUUUGAGUCUUAACUAGAGCACAGUCCAAAGAUGAACCAGAAUUUGUACCCAGUCAUUUAGAAUUACUUUUGAAUAAGCUUUUUUGUAAUUACAUGAAUCUCAGUGUGUUUGCAAAACUUAUCUGUGGAGGGAUAUUUUCCUUUUUCUAAAACUAUCUUUCAAUUUAAUAAAGUUUUAUGUUUCAUUUUCAAGUCCAGCACACUUUAUGAAGCAAAGGAGAUAAUACUCUGCAUUAUAUGACUCUGUAAUGCAGAGUGGAACCUUAGAGAAUUUGUGUUUGACCAGCCAAAAUUCCAGAGCAUAAUCAGAAGAGCUCAUUCCAACCCAGGAGCUGAACCAGUCACAGAGAAGUGCAGAAUGUACUCAUUUGGUUGCUUAUUUUGGUGAGAAAAACGUGGAGUUGUACUCCAGCUUAUAUUUUCUCUUUGAGCACUUUUUCUUGCUAUUUUUGUUAGCUUUGCUGAUGUGGUGGCAGGUAUGAAGCCCAAACCCUAUGUAAGAGAGACGUGACUGGCUUUAUGGGCACCCUUUUCUUUUUACCUACAUGCCAGGCUAAGAGCUGCCUGGCAUCUGGGCAUUUUACAUCUGUGGAACUGGCUUUGUUAUUUAUUUAAAAUACCAUAUAGAGCCUAAAAGCCAAACUUAAGUGUGCUAGGUGAUGAUGAAAUACAGUACCUCCCAAUGACAGGACUGGGCCUUUGGCAGAAAAUCUCCCAACAAGUAUUUCUGUAUUUAGUAAAGAUGUAUUCAGCCAUCAUCUAACCAUCUCAUGCUAUGGGCCAUUUCUUCUUCUCCUAUGCUUGAGAUUUGAUACCCCAACAAGAAUAAUGUCUGGAAUGUGGUAACACUACAUUGAAGUGUCAUAUUACCUCCUCUCACAGAGGUGGAAGCGGCAGUGUCCUGUUGGAGCUAGUUCGGAAGAAUCCCAGCUUCAGCAGUAAUUUCCUCAGGACCACCUGUAGACAGAAUCUUAUUUUGGUUGUUAAUCACAGGUCCUGAUUUAUGUGAUUCCUCAGGAUAUGUAAUCAGAACUGUAGUUUAAAUGUGAUAGUAUGCAAAAGCCCCAAUUUCAUCCUGCUGAGGAAAUCUUUCUUGAUCCUAACAAUUAUGUAUGCUUCUAGUUAUCCUCCAGCUUGUGUUUUACCUCAGUUUCAUAUGGUUCUGGGAUUCUGUUUUUUUUCAUUUUUUAUUUUGUUUUCUUACCUUCCUAGUCCUUCAGUCAGGUCUUGUUUUUCUUGUCUUAGAAAAGUUUUUUGAGUCUGGUACUUAACUUAAUUAUUAAGAGAUAUUGUUGGUGUUAAGGUUCAGGGUAAUACAGGUGGAAUCAUUUUAGCUGAUUGAGACCAUAGCCAGCCUUACUUCAGAACGUGGAAGACUGCUGGGAUACCAGAAUUGCCUUCAGGAAUUAAAGAUUUAAUAAUUUUCAUUGCUUUGUCUCUGUAAUAUGGGAUUUUGUAAUGAACUUUCGCUCUGUGGGAACGUAGGAUUAGCAGUACACUUCAGUGAUAUAUAUAACCUGAAACAGAUAUUAAUAUAACCUCGCUGAGCUUCUCUUGGGAGGGGAGUCCUAGGGACUACCAAACCAAGUUUUGAUUUGCUAACACACAGCAGUGAAAUUGGUGGUUUCCAUCAGCUCUCAGAGAAGGUGGGUACUUCUAAAGGCUUGAGUUUUCUCUGAGAACGCAAACUCUAAGCAGCAAAAAAUUGUACCCUACAAGAUAUUCAAAUCUUCUGGCCAAUGCACUCGUUAAGAUCAUGAAAGGGAGAGAUGAGGAAAACAAUUAAUUCAUAACUCUAAACGGACGUACAGACAACUAGUAAACACAUGCAAUAGCCCAAGGGGUAACACUGUCAAUAGUGAUUGUGUAAGAAAAUGCCUGUAGCUCUGUGUAUAGGACACAGGUUCCUUGGGGAAUGGUACCCUAUAGCAGUAGUAUUAUGUCUCUGUUAACAUUAGCCUCUCAGGUCUUUGUUCUUAUGUGUCAGAGUUCCUUGUAUCUUCUUCCCAGCAAAGGCCAGCCUUCUUUCAGGCAGAGCGAUCUAGAUAGAUAAAGAUCCAAGGACUCAAGCUGCUUCCUUUCCAAAACCAUGGAAAGGAAUAUUUUAUCACCUUGUACUCCAAGUUGAAUAAACUACACGUUCUGGAGCCUUUCACUUCCUGCUUCUUCUAUCUGUUCUUCAGGUUUCUUUUAUUUUCUAGGAGAGAAGUCUCAGAGCUCACCAUGUGCCUUUUAACUUCCCCCAAGGAAGAUGUUGUUAAGAAGAGCAGCUUUUCCUCCUCUUUUAUGCCUCUAGAAGGGAAAACAUUGCACCUAGGCUCUCUGAAAAGCUGUGAGCACAAGUUGGUUUUUCAUUCUCUCUUCAGAAGAGUAGAAGUGGAGGGCAGGAGAUACUUGCAAGCACUGUGUAAUAGGAUGUACUAUGUAUAAAACAGGAAUAUGCUUCUAUCACAUGCUGUGUUUCAGGUGCUUUGAGAAGGGGACAGCACCCAAUAUAAACAAGUGGUCAGUAAUAAAGCUUUUUUUCCUAUACAUUGGAAGAAAUUAAAGAUAUUUUCAGCAGUUAUGCAAAGAAGUCCAAGGGCAAAGCAAAUCAAAUCAGUAAUAAGAACGCAGUAGUGAUAUACAUUUAAAUCCAAAAUGAUCAAGGCUGAUUCUUUGUGUAUUUCAUGCUGAAGAGAGGCAGCAUUUUCCAUGGUCUAGCCAAAUGACGUUGAAGAUUUUAAAGCAGCAGUUGUUUCUUUUCUGUUUUAGUAAGUUUUCUUCUUUUAACACAGAUAUAUUAUAAUAAAAAGUUAUAACACAAUAUUAUCCCAGAGGAAAAAAAAAUACUCACUUGUCUGAUCUAAUUCAUGUGUACAUGUGCAUGUGCAUAUGGGUGUGCAGGUGGAUGUGGAAGUAGAAUGUAUAUGUGUAUCUCUGGCUCUUUCCCACAGAACACAUUUUUUUCUUUUUGUAAUUUUUGAGAUAGAUAUAUAUUUCUAACAAUUAAGCGGUUAAUUCCUUUUCUUUCUUCAUCCAUCAGCACUGUUCAGUAUUUUUUUUUUAGUGAUAUCAGAUGUAUCUUAGACUAUUAGAUCUGUGUAUAAUUAAAUGGUAUUUCAGCUGUUUGUGAAGAGAGACUGACACUAACUGUUAAAGUCAUUAAAAGAAAAGAACACUGUGGAAGAUUACUUUUCAAAUCAAGCCUAGUUGAUGUAGCUAAAU